CAAAGAGUGAAGGAAGCGAGCUGAUGGCAGCGGUGCGAACCCUCCAACCAAACCGACUGUCAGUCUUGCAAACAGAUGGAGGAAAGGACUGUCAUCAGAUAACUGGAUCGUCAACUUGUUGCUGAAGACUCUUGAGAAACCCAAGCCGGUCGUUUAAGAUGUGAAUUUGCUGAACGAAGAAUGAGAAACUUGAGUAACAACGUCAUCGCAGUGCGCUGGACUGCACCGUAAUUUCUCACAUAACAUUUUAUGCUUUAGCGCUCCUCAUUCAGUCUCAUCUUGCUGCUCUGCCUCACGCCCCGUCCUCUACCAGCUCUGCUGUGUAGCCCAGGCAGAGUGGACUCGUCCCUCUCCCCCUGGCCUCGUGCCCUCCCAUCGGCGGCCCGCUCCGGCGGUGUGUUGGUGUACGAUGGCGCGGUGGGACGCUGAGGGCUGCCGCGGGGGACUGUGAUGUCAGAGCCCAACAGCCCGGGCGAGAGCCGGCGUGGCGCUCCCAGAUUCUUCGUGGGCUGCGAGGACGAUGAGAGCGAGGUCCUGGAAGACAGCAUAAGGACAGACAUGGAGCUGUAUGAGGACGACGAAGACACAGACUCGCCCCCGGAGCGACAGAUUGUGGUGGGGAUCUGUUGCAUGAUGAAGAAGUCCAAGUCCAAGCCAAUGACCCAGAUCCUGGAGAGGCUGUGCAGGUUCGAGUACAUCACCGUGGUCAUCUUCCCAGAGGACGUCAUCCUCAACGAGCCUGUGGACAAAUGGCCUCUGUGCGACUGCCUCAUCUCCUUCCACUCCAAGGGAUUCCCGCUGGAUAAGGCAGUGAGCUACGCCAAACUGAGAAACCCUCUGCUCAUCAAUGACCUGAACAUGCAGUACUACAUACAGGACAGGAGAGAGGUGUAUCGCAUCCUGCAGGAGGAAGGGAUUGACCUACCGCGCUAUGCUGUGCUGAACCGUGACCCAGAUAAACCUGAAGAGUGUAACCUGGUCGAAGGAGAGGACCACGUGGAAGUGAAUGGAGAGAUAUUCCAGAAGCCUUUUGUCGAGAAGCCUGUCUGUGCCGAGGACCACAACGUCUACAUCUACUACCCCACCUCUGCUGGCGGUGGCAGCCAGCGACUCUUCAGAAAGAUUGGGAGCCGAAGCAGCGUCUACUCACCAGAGAGCAGCGUGAGGAAGACGGGCUCCUACAUCUAUGAAGAGUUCAUGCCAACAGAUGGCACUGAUGUUAAGGUGUACACUGUGGGACCGGAUUACGCUCAUGCCGAGGCCCGAAAGUCUCCAGCUUUGGACGGGAAGGUGGAGAGAGACAGCGAGGGUAAGGAGGUCCGCUACCCUGUCAUGCUCUCAGCUAUGGAGAAACUGGUGGCCCGCAAGGUCUGCCUGGCAUUCAAGCAAACUGUGUGUGGCUUUGACCUUCUGCGAGCCAACGGACAUUCAUAUGUCUGUGACGUCAACGGGUUCAGCUUCGUGAAGAACUCAAUGAAGUACUAUGACGACUGUGCCAAGAUCCUCGGGAAUAUUGUGAUGCGUGAGCUGGCUCCUCAGUUUCAGAUUCCUUGGUCCAUCCCUACAGAAGCAGAAGACAUCCCCAUAGUUCCCACUACGUCAGGGACCAUGAUGGAGCUACGCUGUGUCAUCGCUGUCAUCCGACAUGGAGACAGAACACCCAAACAGAAGAUGAAGAUGGAAGUUCGCAACCCCAUGUUCUUUGAUUUAUUUGAGAAAUAUGGAGGAUACAAAACUGGGAAAUUAAAGCUCAAGAAGCCAAAACAACUGCAGGAGGUGCUGGACAUCACGCGGCAGUUGUUAGCAGAACUGGGACAACACAAUGAUUGUGAAAUAGAAGAGAAGAAGUCCAAACUGGAGCAGCUGAAGACUGUUCUGGAAAUGUAUGGUCACUUCUCGGGGAUCAACAGAAAAGUGCAACUAACUUACCUGCCCCAUGGGCAGCCCAAAACCUCGAGUGAGGAAGAAGACACGCGUAAGGAAGGUCCAUCUCUGCUGCUGGUGCUGAAGUGGGGAGGAGAGCUGACUCCUGCUGGCAGAGUGCAGGCUGAAGAACUGGGACGAGCCUUCCGCUGUAUGUACCCCGGAGGACAAGGAGACUAUGCUGGAUUUCCAGGCUGUGGGUUACUGCGGUUACACAGCACCUACAGACACGACCUGAAGAUAUAUGCUUCUGAUGAAGGCAGGGUGCAGAUGACAGCUGCAGCUUUUGCAAAGGGGCUGCUGGCGCUGGAGGGCGAGCUGACACCCAUCCUGGUGCAGAUGGUGAAGAGCGCCAACAUGAACGGGCUGCUGGACAACGACAGCGACUCGCUGAGCAGCUGCCAGCACCGCGUCAAAGCACGACUCCAUGAAAUCCUGCAGAAGGACAGAGAGUUCACAGACGAGGACUAUGAUAGGCUGGCGCCAACCUGCAGUGCCUCUUUGGUGAAUUCAAUGAAGAUAGUCGAGAAUCCAGUGGCCACAUGUGACCAGGUCUACGCCCUCAUUCAGAGCCUCACCUCCCAGAUACGCAAAAGGAUGGAAGACCCCAAAUCUGCUGACCUGCAGCUGUACCACAGUGAGACUCUGGAGCUGAUGCUGCAGCGCUGGUCCAAACUAGAGAGAGACUUCCGCAUGAAGAACGGCCGCUACGACAUCAGUAAAAUACCCGACAUUUACGACUGCGUCAAGUAUGAUGUCAUCCACAAUGCCACUCUGGGCCUGGAGGACACGCUGGAGCUGUUCAGACUGUCUCGAGCUUUGGCUGACAUCGUCAUCCCACAGGAAUAUGGCAUUAAUAAAGUGGAGAAACUGGACAUAGCAUAUGCCUACUGCCUCCCACUGGUCAGAAAGAUCCAGCUCGACCUGCAGAGGACCCACGAGGACGAGUCUGUCAACAAGCUGCACCCUCUGUACUCUCGAGGAGUGAUGUCUCCUGGGCGGCAUGUCAGGACACGUUUAUAUUUCACCAGCGAGAGUCACGUCCACUCCCUGCUCAGCAUUUUCCGCUAUGGGGGCUUGCUCGACGAGGAGAAGGACCAGCAGUGGAAGCGUGCCAUGGAUUACCUCAGCGCUGUCUCCGAACUCAACUACAUGACUCAGAUCGUCAUCAUGCUUUAUGAAGACAACAAUAAGGACCUCACCUCCGAGGAACGCUUCCACGUCGAGCUUCACUUCAGCCCUGGUGUCAAAGGCGUCGAGGAAGAAGAGAACGCACCGACCGGCUUUGGCUUCAGGCCCGCUUCUGCAGAAGUGGCACGGCAGAAUGGGCAAAAGCAGCAGGACCCCGGCAGCCUGGAGGACCUGUCACGAGAUGAAACCGACCGUGCUGUGCCGUUGUCCGAGCCAAUCACCAUUCAGAGGAGAUCCCCGCUCAUCCGCAAUCAUAAGACUGGCUCCAUGGAGGUGCUGUCGGAAACAUCCUCCUCCAAAGUCGGCAGUUACCGCCUCUUCUCGUUCUGCUCACGUCAAUCCCCCGAGAUGAAACAAAGUGGAUUAGGCUCUCAGUGCGCCGGCCUCUUCAGCACCACCGUCCUAGGUGGGUCCUCUAGCGCCCCUAACCUGCAGGACUACGCACGCGCGCACCGCAAAAAAUUCUCCACCGGCAGUCUGUCCUACAAAGACGAGUUGUUGUCUAUGCCGGCAGUAAAACGAUUUUCUGUGUCGUUUGCAAAGCAUCCGACUAAUGAGCCCUUGGAGGAGCACCAUGUGGCCCAGUUGUUGAGGCGUUUCUCCACUGACCUCAGCCUGGGCCGCCACCUGUCUCUGGACCGGGCGCUGGCCCACCACCUCCACCAGUGCUCCUACCACCUCCGCCUCUUCCGAAACUGGCUCAUCUCCGGCCAGGAUCCCCUAGAGUACCUCUACGGCUUCGAAGGCUGCUCCAUGGUGCCGUCCAUCUACCCUCUGGAGACGCUGCACAACUCGCUGUCCCUGAAACAGGUCAACGAGUUCCUCACCGGUGUGUGCCAGAGCGCCGUGGACCCACACACCCGGACCACCAGAGCCCUCACAGCCAUGUUCGACACACACAACCAGCCGUCUGCAGACUCGUACAUCCCUCAGAGAGUCCUCUCUUCCUCCAUCUCCCUCAGAUCUCGUUCUGACAGACCUCCUUGGUACAGCAGCGGUCCUUCCAGUACAGUGUCCAGCGCCGGGCCGUCCUCUCCCACCACGGCUGACACCUCCCCUCGGUUCAGCUUCAGCGAUAAGAUCUCUCUGACCCCUCAGAGCAGCGAGGAAACCCACUCCUCUCAGAACAUUUGUGCUCAGGCGGCACCUCCCGCUGGGUCACAAGGCCUCGACCCGACCUGCUCCGCGGGUUCAAACCCCACCGAGGUCCCUCUGACUCCAAAGAACUCACCAGAGGACGAUCCUGAGCUCUGCACUGUUGCCGAUCAACAGUCUGACAAUCCUGACGCCGUGCUGGAAGGGCAGGAGGUGAAUCCUGCAGCCUUGGAUCCUUCCAGCGGUGUGGUUUCAGAUCCCGGCAUGAGGCCGCCCUGCUCUGCCUUAGCUGAACUCGCUCUGGGUCGGAUGGAGGGUUACUGCCUCCCCGGCUCUCUGCCGGUGCUGCUGGAGCUCCGGGAGAGCAGCAGCGAGGCGGGAUCCAGCUCCCAGACGCCGCAGUCCCCCGAGGGGCCCGACGAGUUCUUCGACACCCAGGAGUCCUUGGAGCUGUGGAUGGACAGUCCGGAAAGCCUCCCCCAUCCUGAAUCCCCUCUGGAGGUCGGAACCUCUCACCCAGCAGAGCAGUAGAGCGAGGAGACGUUCAGAACAUCACAAACUGCUGCAAACAUCUCUGACUUUACGAGCUUCAUCUUUGUUGUCAUUUGUGAGCAGCGAAGUGUACCGAGCUACAGCCAACCAGACCUCCUCUCCUCUCCUCUCCUCCUCUGGGCAGCUGAUCCUCACACUUGGCUCUGUGUUGGACAAUCAUAUGACAGUAUGUUCGUUGCCUUUUGAAACUCACACCAGUGACACCACUGAGCCUCCUGACAGUCCACUGGUUCAGCCCAUCUCUCUGUAAAACUGUAACAGCAAACGGCAGGUUGUAAAGUGAAGCUUUAUUGUCGAGUUUAUUUACUCCGUUACUGACAUUUAUAGACAUUUCCUUAAAGCUGCAUUAAUUGAUUUUGGCCACAAGGGAGCAGAAAACUCCAAAACAAACGCUGGUGAGAGCACAACUAUACAGUCAGUUUGCUGUUACGCUAAAACAACGAGCUAAAUGAGGCUAAAAAGCUGCAUAGCAUUGUUGGUUUUCAGAUUCACGUUGAUUUAUUGUGGCUGUAAAGAUAUCGAUGAAUGGAGCUUUAGAGGCUUUUGUGUUACAUGGUCUCCCCUCGGACAGCUGCAGUAGGGAAGUUUUAGCCUUUGUAGAACCAACUGUCUUAUCAGGUGACAGGUUUGGUUGCAUCGGUGCAGCUGUGCUUUACCACUGUUACAUGAGCACAAGCUUCCCUGUUUUCAUUGUUACAGAAACUCAUAAACUCACUGCUCUUAUGAGAAACGCAGGAAAUGACUCUCAGCACAAGACGGCAGUCGGAGAAAACACAAUCAGCCGAUCUCGUGCUCCAGCGGCGUCCGUCCAGCGCUGCGUGCUUAGAUCCUGCAUUUAGAAAAAGGUGAAGGACAGCAGCUGAAUCUUCAUUACUGCCAGUGAAAUGUAAGUGUUGGAUCUGCAGGUCAAACCGUGUGUGCACUGCUUACUGCCAAAGUCCUUAAGCCUCAUCGAAGAUUUAAUAUAAUCAGUAGGAAACUGUAGACAAAGUAAUAUUUAUUUUGAAAUCGCAUCAAAAAAAAAAAAAUCUGUAUUUUUACUACCCACACGUCAGAUAUUUAAUUGUACCAUAGCUGUUGUGUAUAUUUUUUUUGUAAAAUCACCUCAUGAUGUGGAGAAAAAACAAAAUCUAAAAGCUAAUCUCUAGUUUUAUCUCUGAACAAACAGGAGGGGCAUUUUACGGUCGACGCGCUUUCAUUGUGGCGAGCAGUUAUGUAGCAGGUGUGUGCACGUGGAGGAGGGAGGUGCACGCAUGCUCGAGAAGCUAUCCGGGUUGAUGCCGACGUGCAAUUCUGUGUUAAAUCAGCGAGGUUUCAUGUUACACUGCGAUGUACUGUAGAGGUGAAAUACACGACUGACCUGUCUGUGUGUGUACAGAUAAAAAAUAAAAAUAAAAUGACACCAGAA